UUUGGUACAUUCUACGUAUCUUUAUUGUAUGACCACAAGAUUGAAAAGUCUUCCUUUCUUUCUUAAACUCCGUGCCAAGUCAAAACCAGACAAACAAAUUGAAACGGAGGGAGUAAGUACUUAUUUCGACAAAACUGUCCUCCAUAAGUCUGAAAAAAGCAGUUAGAUAUGGUCCUUACUGGAAGGAAUUUUACCAGAAGAAAAGUACAAUUACUCUGUAGCAUAUGUUGCAGGAUUAUAUGGAGAGGUUGAACAGUUUUUGAAAUUUGUUGAUUGAUUGAAUUAAGUCCUGUUUUGGAAAGGGUAAGUGACAACAGGAAAACACUCUUUUUCUACAAUAAGCGAGAGGGUACACAAGUUUAUAAAGGAAUUUGUACGCAUAAAUGACUGUUUAUGAGCCAGAUCCUGAUGUGGUGAGGUGGAAUCUCCACCUUAUAGAUGUUUGUGGUAUAAACAAUGGUGGUUCUCUCAGAACUGUUACUCAUUAUGACAGGAAUUCUUCUCAGCUUGGGUAUGUGAGAGAAGGUUAUUCUGAGCCUAUGCAUGUUAACGUGGAGAAUGAUGAGGUGAUUGCCCAUGCUCUUCAGGAGGAACUAUCACGACUUUCAUUGGAGGAAUCCAUAGGAUCUUCACACACUGACGAAGAACAUCGAAGAGCGUCAGUUCUUGCUCAGGAUUGGGUUUCACCGUCAAGGAGGAAUUACAAUUUUUCACUUGAUGGCAAUGAGGAAGAGACAGAUAGUAAUGGAAUGAUUACCUUUUGCCCUCUCUCAGUUACAUCAUCCAACUGGGGGCAUCAAGCUAUUUCACCAGAGAUAGAGGAUGAAUCUCUUCUUGAUGGUGAAGUUGGGAAACGUUUGAAUCAGUUGGCUGCUAUCCCUCAUGUUCCCAAAAUUAAUGGAGAUAUACCCUCAGUAGAUGAAGCCAAAUCAGAUCAUCAAAGGCUGAUGGACAGGCUGGAAGUAUAUGAUCUAGUUGAGUUAAAAGUUUCUGGAGAUGGCAACUGUCAGUUCCGCUCACUGUCAGACCAAAUAUAUCGCAGUACUGAGCAUCACAAAUUUGUGAGGGAAGAAGUUCUUAAACAGCUCAAGUCCCAUAGGGAGUUGUAUGAGGGUUAUGUUCUGAUGGUCUUCGAUGAAUACUUGAAGAAAAUGAGCAAGGCUGGCGAAUGGGGUGAUCAUGUAACUUUGCAGGCUGCUGCAGAUUCAUAUGGUGUUAAGAUAUUUGUCAUUACAUCAUUUAAAGACACCUGCUACAUUGAGAUUCUUCCACAAAGUCAGAAGUCAAACAGAAUCAUUUUUUUGAGCUUUUGGGCUGAAGUGCACUACAAUUCCAUCUAUCCGCAAGGAGAGUAUCCUGCUGGAGAAACAAGAACAAGAAAAAAAUGGUGGUGGCUGGGUUGAGACUUGAGUAGCGCUUGCUAGCUUCUUUUGGAAUGGAGCACACCCUAUCACGAGAAUUAGGGGCUCUGUGACUACUCCGGAUUGUAUAUAUUACUCUUCUCUUUGUCUCUGUCUCUGAGGUAUACUACAGUUUUGCCAAUUUUACGGUCUUCAUUCGUUGUGUAUAUAUCAUUUUCAUUUAAUUUUUGUAGUUAGCUCUUCGAUUAUUACUCUAUUUAUAUGCAAUGCUUUUGUGCCUGUAUUUAUUUUCUAUUUUUA